AUUUGAAACUUCAAGCUUCUUCUGUCUUGUAUGCAUCUGGGUUUUGUGUGUUUUCUUCCUAGCUUGUGACAAAAUAUUGGAAUAAAACCAAAAACUGUUUCUUGCACUCGAGUCGUUGUUUUCUUCAUAAAAUCUUACUUCUAUCUGUUAGAAGGAGACAACUCCAACUAUAUACAAACACACAUAAAUUUAUAUUAAACCCAAUCUAUGUUACCUUAGAAUACAACCAAACAUCAAGAAAACAAAAAAACUAUGGCUUCUUCUUCUUAUUCCAAAACCACAUUCACAUUUGUUUUCUUACUUAUCAUGUUUUUACCUGUUGUCAUCUCAUUACCGAAGAACGAAUCCGAUUUCAAACCAAUGCAAGAGUUAAAGAAGCUAAAAAGAAUCCAAAAUCAUCUCAAGAAAAUCAACAAGCCUUCUAUUAAAUCCAUCAAGAGUCCUGAUGGAGACUUGAUAGAUUGUGUUUUAUCUCAUCUUCAACCAGCAUUUGACCAUCCUAAGCUCAAAGGCCAAAAACCGUUGGAACCACCAUUGGAAAGGCCAAAGGGACACAACUCAAGUGAUGAAGAGACCACCUUAUUAGAAACUAUGCAGUUAUGGACACAAUCAAAUGAGUUCUGCCCACAAGGAACUGUUCCAAUCAGAAGAACUACAGAACAUGAUGUUUUACGUGCGACUUCUGUAAAACGCUUUGGAAGAAAGAUCAUAAGACGCGUGAGGCGCGAUACAACCAGCGGCGGUCAUGAACAUGCAGUUGCAUUUGUGAAUGGAGGUCAAUACUAUGGAGCUAAGGCCAGUAUAAAUGUAUGGACGCCGGCCGUUACAGAUCCAUAUGAGUUUAGUCUUUCACAGCUAUGGGUUAUUUCUGGUUCAUUUGGCAAUGAUCUGAAUACAGUGGAAGCUGGUUGGCAGGUUAGCCCAGAGUUAUAUGGAGAUGGUUACCCUAGAUUUUUCACUUAUUGGACGACAGAUGCAUACCAAACCACUGGAUGCUACAACUUGCUUUGCUCAGGAUUUGUUCAAACCAACAAUAGAAUCGCAAUAGGUGCAGCAAUCUCUCCAAGGUCAUCUUACAAAAAUAAACAAUUCGAUAUUGGCAUCAUGAUAUGGAAGGACCCUAAACACGGACAUUGGUGGCUCCAAUUCGGGUCAGGACUACUCAUAGGCUAUUGGCCGUCGUUCUUGUUUAGUCAUCUACAAAGACAUGCAAGUAUGAUACAGUUUGGAGGGGAGAUAGUGAACUCAAGAUCAAGGGGAUAUCACACUUCAACACAAAUGGGCAGUGGUCAUUUCGCCGAUGAAGGGUUUGGAAAAGCUUCUUAUUUUAGAAAUUUGAAAGUUGUUGAUUGGGACAAUAGCUUGCUUCCUCUAACAAAUCUCCAUCUUUUGGCUGAUCAUCCAAAUUGUUAUGAUAUAAAAGCAGGCAAAAACAAUAUAUGGGGGAAUUAUAUCUAUUAUGGAGGUCCUGGAAGGAACCAAAGGUGUCAAUAAUUUAGUCGAUCUAUAACCAUUAUAUUCAUAUGGUUAAUUCUUUCUCUAUAUAGUAAUUUGAGUUGGAUAAGUUUUGAAACUCUUAUAUCUCUAGCUAUAAAUAUCAGUUUCUUUCA